CUGAGUCAAGUCUUACAGUGGGGUAUGUCUGCGACAGCAAUCAGAAAGAUUUCAAAAUAUGGGGAACAUAUGCACUCAUCAAAUAUAUGGCUUCAGGAAACUUGAUUCAGCGAUCUUUAAAAAUGAGCUACAAUCAAUUUGUACAAUCUUCAGUGGAACAAUUGAGAUUAUUUGCUGAAUCAGAGGGAAAAUUCAUCAGGUCACCUAACUACCCAUUUGACUAUCCACGGAAGGCGGAAUAUAUCUGGACACUACAAGGAAGGCGUACUGUUGAAACCAUUGACGUGGAAGUGAUCACAACAGAUAUGGAGAAGUCAGAAGAUUGUGUCAACGACAGAGCUGAAGUUUAUGAUGGUGAGUCAAAGAGGGACAGACUUCUUGGAAAGUGGUGUGGCUUGGAGACGCCAUCAUUUCGAAGUUCGGGGCAAUAUCUGACCAUCGUUUUGAUUAGCAACGACAACGACAUCUCCGGCGGUGGAUUCCGAAUCAAGUACAAUUUAACACAAGAAGAAUCUACGACUAUUUCCAAUAUCCGGUUCUACGACCACGGUAGACAACCUUAUUUACGACAGACGCAGCAGAAACAUUUGUGGUAUUUUACCACAAUAAUCAGUAUAGACGUAAAUGUUGGAGCCACAGUUCGAGGGGCGACUGGCGGUUUGCUGGCGAUUGUCAUGAUUGGAGCCAGUAUAGUCAUCAUAUAGUUCCAAAUCCGAAGGUACCCGACAAUCAAGAAUCCAGACGGACGUUCCAAUCGAGAUCAUGCAACAAUCAACAAGGCAUAUAGCAGCAAUUAUAUGUAACAGUAACCCGUCUGCUUAAUAUAAGAUUUUUUUUCCAAAGGAACAUCUUUUUUAUGUUUGAACUAUAAAACGGAACAUACAUGUAUGGCUACGUGAAUCUUAUCAUGUUCCCGUUAUUACAUGUUCCCGUGUUUGUGAUGCUUAUUGCCAUUUGCAAAACAAAAAGAUUUCAACUGCAUAUUUGUAGUCGUUGUUUUAUGAACUAUUUAAUUAAGAGAUAAACAGCUUGUGUUUUCAAUGUAGAGCUGUCAUUCUACCAUGACUAAAUAAAACGCGAACUCUCUUGAGUCCAGUGUUUUGAGUAGGUAGACUAUCUGAAUAACGGAAUCUCCGACGGCAGCCUUUAAACAAAAUAUGGCGCUUUAAAUGUUCAAGCAGUUUGUUCACACCCUAACACUUCACUCGAACUUAUGACAAGCAUUGAAAACAUAUAAGCUAGUUAGUCGUAGGCUAACAUGAGGUGGGCGCCUCUCAAGAAAACUAAGCAAGCCUUUCAAAGCUUCCAUUCUACACCGCACGUCACCACUAUAACGUCAUAUCGCUCACUGUGACGCAUAAGAUAUGACGCCACAGUCGUAUAUAGAAAAGCGCCAAAUUCCAGCCCCCAGUUCUCCGCAAAACUUAAAAUACAUUCUCUUUGUAGGUUUCUAUCGUGUUUUCCAAACGAAAUAUUUUGCCACAUAUCCUUUGAUUAUUGUAGUAACCGCAACUUUGCAUUUGUAAUCCUUCAUUGUAGAUAAAUUAUUCAAAUAUGCCUACCGACAAUGACAAAAAUACUAUUCCAUGAAAAUUAGCUUCUGCGGUGUUGCUGGCCGUCAAAUCGGCUAUUUCAAUCAGAGGGGGUUUAUUGUAA